UCAAGUUCUCACUUCUUUUCACUGGAGUUGUGACUUACUCUCUUUCUCUCGCUCUCUCCCAUCACACAACCUAGAAAAUGAAAACCUAGUUUAUUGUGAAAAAUAGAAUUCCGAAUCAAGAUUACAGAAAUGAGUUAUUGUCUACAAUCUUCAUCAUCACCCUUUCUCCUUAUUCAUCGAAACUAUCGCUAUGAUUUGCUUCGUACUUGUCAUGUUUCCUCAAUUUUUUAUUCUUCGAAUCCACUUAUCAAUUUCGGAAUCUCCAAACAUCGUAAAUUACGUUUAUAUGCAUCAGUUAGUGAAACAAAGCUUGAAGCUUCUUGGUUGCCUUCUGAAAGAAAUGCAAAUGAUGGUUUUGGUGGUUGGGCAAUUAUUGAAACUGAUACUAAUCAAAAUGGAGACAAAAAGAAGAAAGGUUUUCCAAGCUUUCUCUUAGUGGGUCUUGGAGCUUCUGUUGCAAUUCUGCUUGCUACCGUUUCUUAUUUCUCAUUUUCAAAAAAAGGUUUUAGGGUUCAGUUUAGUUCUCCACUGCAAAGGGUAUCUCAGUCCACCAGUCUACAUGAAGUUGCUGACUCCAAUGUGUCCAACGUGGAGCCUAUGGUUAAAGACUCAAGUUUAGAGAAUGUAGCUGAUAUAGCAAAUGAUCAUGUGCCAGCUUCAAUUGAAAAGCUCCAUCGAGUAGUUAUUCCAGCUGCUGUGGAUUCCACCCAACAGGAAGCUAUUCUGCUGUUGAAGAAACUAAAGAUCGUUGAAGAUGAUAUCAAAGCUCAUGAGCUUUGUACCAGAAGGGAAUAUGCAAGAUGGUUAGUCAAAGCAAAUUCAGUGUUGGAAAGGAACCCAAAGAACAGGAUCUCACCUUCCAUGUUAUGUGCUGGGUCAGUGGUUGAAGCUUUUGAUGAUAUGAGUCCUGAAGAUCCGGACUUUUGGUCCGUGCAAGCCCUCGCGGAGGCUGGCCUUGUACGAAGCAAGCUAUCAAUCAAGUCCAGUAUUCAGAACGAAACUGUUAAUUAUCUUCCUGAAAGUUUUAUUUCCCGGUUUGAUCUCUUGAACUGGAAAGCACAACUGGAUUAUUCAUCGAUACGUGGGAUAGAAGAAAAGAUGUCUAGGAAGAAAGUUAAUUUAAUGGAUGUGAAGGCAAUCAGUGAUGAUGCAUCAGUGGCUCUUUUCAUGGACUUGGAAGCUGGCGACAACAGUGUGCUGAGAAAAGUUUUUGGGCAGAGUCGGCGAUUUCAACCAGAUAAACCUGCAACGAUAGCCCAAGCAGCUGUUGCAUUAACUAGUGGUAGGAUGACCUCUGAAAUUAUUACUUUGCUAUCCAGUAUGGAAGCUGAAGAGUUAUCGCGAAAAGUGGAAAUGGAAGUAAUCAGGUCUGACUUGCUAAUGAGAGGAGAUAUACAAAGCUUUUGGGAUGUGAAGAUGAACAAAGUGAAAGCCUGUGCUAUAGAAGCAGAGAAACACUUUCAAACAGCACUUCUUAACCUGGAGCAGGAGAAGAAUCUUCAAGACAAGUUUCAGGGCGAAUAUUUGAAAGAGAAAGCAGCUCUCGACUGUCAGAGGCAGUUACUUCUUUGCCUCAAGGAAGAAGUCAGUGAAAUGUCAGAGAGGCUAGAGUCUGAGAAAACUACUUUUUUGGCUGAGCAGAAAGAUUUAGAGAUAGCGCCCCUUGAUUUAAAGGCUAAGCAAGAAGAAAUAAUUGAGGUCAAGUCAAUACUAGAGGCUGAGAUAGAAGCACUCCGAAUUCUUAGGUCUUGGGUUGAAGAUGAAGCAAGGCGUAAUCAGGCACGUGGGCAAGUUCUUGAACAGGUUGGAAGGAGAUGGAAAUGGGAUGAAUAGGAUUAGUGCGGUAUCUUUAGUAUAAGAUUAUUUUUUUUUUGAUACUAAAAGAAAUUUUCGUUACUGAAGAGAUCGAGUUACAGAUAGAUUAUCCUCCAGAAUUGCUUUUUCUGCAAAAGGUGGUGGAUCUGUCUGCAUAGAUGCAUUUUCCGUUUUCAUAAGUACCUGCAAAAUUACGGAUUAUUAGGCCUAUUCCUGUAUGAUGAACGUUAUUAAGCUUUUUAUAGGAAGCAUCACAACAAAAAGAGAGAGAAGGUGUUGGUGGAGGUAUCCAGUGAGACAUAGGUCUCAUAUUUCCUCGAACUGAAACAGAUUCAGUGUUAACUCUCAUCUUCAUUUUC